GAACACUGUUUUCCUGUCACCCGAUCCCGGCUGCUGGAAUGCGUCCUGGGUGCUAUUUAAGGGUGGGCCAGGGGGCCGGCUCUCAGGGCACUGCCUGUGCAAGGCAGGAGCUGGAGCACUGUGCCGACGUCCCUACGCCCCUGUGCCACCAUGGUGGGUCUGAAGCCCCCCGAGGUGCCCCCCACGGCCGCCAUGAAGUUCGUCAGCGCGGGGAUGGCCGGCUGCGUCGCUGACCUGUGCACCUUCCCCCUGGACACCGCCAAGGUGCGCCUGCAGAUCCAGGGCGAGGUGAGGAUCCCCCGCACCGUCAGCUCCGUGGAGUACCGGGGCGUUUUGGGCACGCUGAGCACCAUGGUGAGGACGGAGGGAGCCCGCAGCCUCUACAACGGGCUGGCAGCCGGGCUGCAGCGCCAGAUGAGCUUCGCCUCCAUCCGCAUCGGCCUCUACGACUCCGUGAAGCAGCUCUACACCCCCAAGGGCGCCGAGAACACAGGCAUGGCCACGCGGCUCCUGGCCGGCUGCACCACGGGCGCCGUGGCCGUGGCCUGCGCCCAGCCCACCGACGUGGUCAAGGUCCGGUUCCAGGCCAGCGGGGCCCCGUGGGACAGCGCCCGGCGGUACAGCGGCACUGUGGAUGCCUACCGCACCAUCGCCAGGGAGGAGGGCGUCCGCGGGCUCUGGAGAGGGACGCUGCCCAACAUCGCCCGCAAUGCCAUCAUCAACUGCGGCGAGCUCGUCACCUACGACCUCCUCAAGGACGCGCUGCUGCGGACACAGCUCAUGACAGACAACGUCCCGUGCCACUUCGUGGCCGCCUUCGGCGCCGGCUUCUGUGCCACGGUGGUGGCGUCCCCGGUGGACGUGGUGAAGACGCGGUACAUGAACGCCAGCCCCGGGCAGUACCGCAACGCCCUGAGCUGCCUCCUGGCCCUGCUGAUGCAGGACGGCCCCGCCGGCCUCUACAAGGGCUUCGUCCCGUCCUUCCUGCGGCUGGGCUCCUGGAACGUGGUGAUGUUUGUGUCCUACGAGCAGCUGCAACGCGUCAUGGUGCUGGCACGGCCGGCCCUGGCCUGAGCCCUCGGCGCCUCUCGCCGGCCCAGCGAGGCUCAGCAUCGAUUAUAUUAACAAUUAUAUUAAUUGCAAAAGCGCCGGGGAGCAGCGGAGCCACACGCCGGGGGAGGGACCGGAGAGACGCAAGGAGGAAGGAUGCUGUUGGAGGAGAAACGUGGGAGAACAGAGGUUUUCAGAGAAGAGUUUUAAGGGACGGAGAAAAAAAUGUUGGCUUUCCAGCCGGGAAGAGCAGCACUUCCCGAGGGCAGUGGUGUGGGCAGGUGGGACCAAUCUGAGGGCCAGGGAAUUCCCGUUGCUCCUUACUGGCGCUUCCAAUAAAUCGCCCCUAUGGGGUCUGGUCACAGCA